AUGGUAGGCUAUGAAAAGUUAUAAACUUUUUCACGAAAAGCAGAAUAGUUCGUAACUAUCACAGAGAGAAAGUAGUAUUUUGCCUAUUAAAUUCUAGUUGUAUAAUAAUACAUUGCUUUAUAGCUGGAUUUAGCAAAAGAUAAUUAAGCAAAACAAACAAUUAAAAAACUGAUGAAAUGGUAAAUAUAUCACUAAGAAAUAGUAUAACAGGGAAUUAUUAUCAAUUCUUCCAGAUAUUAUCAUGAUAAUUGACAAUGAAGAGCUAUUAUAAAGUACUUUUUGAAGUUUUAGUUAUUUAAAUGAUGAUAAAAACAUUUUAUUAUAUUAAUUCGAAUAGGGGUUAUUGAAUUAUUAAAAUCACUACUUCAUUCAAAAAAAUAAUCACUUACUAUUCCUUCAUUGAGAACUAUUGGAAUUAUUUUAACAGGUAAUGAAAAAAUAACCUAAUCAUAUUUUGAAAACUGGAAUUUAAAAAUCUUUUAACCUAUUGACAAUAGAAUAAAAAAGCUAUAAGAAGAGAAGUAAUAUUAUAAUUAAAUUUUCAAGGUUUUUAAGUUUUUUUAUAAUAUUGUGCUGAUACUUUAUGCUAAAUAAAUUAUUAAUGGAUUCGCUAGUUAGAAAAUCGACUGCUAGAAAUUAAAAAAGAAAUUGCUUAUUUAAUAUCUUAUUCAGUAAUUUAUGCAGAAAUAGAAGUUUUCGAUUAUCUUAUUAUAUCUCAUGGGCUUGUUGAAAAAUUAUCUAUACUUCUAGAUGUACAUGAUAAAGCUAUUAUUCAAGUUAGACUAGAAGGAACUUAAGAACUGUUAAAAAGAAUUAAUUAUCUUAAUUAUAAUAAGUUAAGAAUAAAAAUAAAUUAUAAUUCUAUAAAUAAAUAUUUUGGAUUCAAAUAUUAUUUCUAAAGUUGAUUUAGUAAAGCCGUCACUUUUAAGAAAUUUAUGA